UUCCUUCCCCCAGCAAAGAAACCCUAAAUAAACCCUAGUUAUGUAAUGCUCGUCCCCUAUUCUCUCUGGCUGCUCCGGGAUAACCAUUGAGAGAGAGAGAGAGAAAGAAGUAACUUCUGACCCUAAUGGCGCUCUACCUGUUGUAUGAGUCAGCGUCUGGGUAUGCUCUGUUUCUGGCUCACAGCCUCGACGAAAUCGGACAGAACACAGAGGCAGUUCGGAAUUCAGUCUCCGAUCUCAACCGAUUCGGCAAAGUCGUAAAGCUCGUAGCAUUUAACCCUUUUGAGUCUGCUCUCGAUGCUCUCAAUCAAUGCAAUGCGGUCUCCGAAGGCCAUAUGACCGAUGAGUUGAGGAACUUUUUGGAGCUUAGUCUACCAAAAGUCAAGGAAGGUAAGAAGCCUAAGUUCAGUUUAGGAGUGGCAGAGCCAAAGCUUGGAUCACAUGUUAAUGAAAUAACAAAGAUCCCCUGUCAAAGUGGUGAGUUUGUACUUGAGUUUCUUCGUGGUGUGCGCUUGCAUUUCGAUCGGUUCAUUGAGAACCUGAAGUCUGGUGACUUGGAGAAAGCCCAACUUGGUCUGGGCCACAGUUACAGCAGGGCAAAAGUCAAGUUUAAUGUUAACAGGGUUGAUAACAUGGUUAUUCAGGCAAUCUUCCUUCUCGAUACUCUUGAUAAAGACAUCAAUUCAUUCUCCAUGAGAGUCAGAGAAUGGUACUCUUGGCAUUUCCCUGAAUUAGCAAAGAUUGUCAAUGACAACUAUCUUUAUGCGAAAGUUGCAAAACAUGUGGAGGACAAGUCACAGUUGUCUGAAGAUAAGAUACCGGGCUUGACAGACAUACUUGGUGAUGAAGAUAAGGCAAAAGAAAUUGUAGAAGCUGCCAAAGCAUCCAUGGGACAGGAUUUGUCCCUGAUUGACUUGAUCAAUGUCAAGCAAUUCGCACAAAGGGUAAUGGACCUUGCAGAGUAUAGGAAAAAGCUCUAUGAUUAUCUGGUCGCUAAAAUGAAUGACAUAGCACCCAAUUUGGCUGCACUGAUUGGUGAAGUUGUUGGAGCUCGUUUGAUUUCUCAUGCUGGUAGUCUCACCAACCUGGCAAAAUGCCCUUCUUCUACCCUUCAGAUCCUUGGUGCAGAGAAGGCGCUCUUCAGGGCAUUGAAAACUCGAGGGAACACGCCAAAGUAUGGUCUUAUAUUUCAUUCAUCUUUUAUUGGACGGGCAUCUGCUCGAAACAAAGGUCGAAUGGCCCGUUAUCUUGCAAAUAAGUGCUCAAUUGCUUCUCGCAUCGACUGUUUCUUGGAGAAAAAUACCACUUCUUUUGGGGAGAAGCUUCGUGAACAGGUUGAGGAGCGACUUGACUUUUAUGACAAGGGGGUUGCACCUCGUAAAAACAUCGAUGUGAUGAAAGCUGCCAUUGAGAAUUCGCAAAACAAAGAAAUGGAUGUGGAUGAAGCACCAACGGAACCUUCAGCAAGGAAAAGCAAGAAAAAGAAAUCCAAACAUGAGGCUGCAGAAGAUGGUGAACCAAUGGCAGAGGAUAAACCAACUGCUGUUCCAAAUGGAGAUGCUUCUGACGAACCUAGAACUGAAAAGAAGAAGAAAAAGGAGAAGCGAAAAUUGGAAAUGGAGCUAGAGCGUGAAAAGGAUCACCCCACGGGAAACACAAAUGGUGUUAACGGGUUUUCUACAGAAGAGGGAACGGCCAAAAAGAAGAAAAAGAAGAACAAGGUUGUAGAAGUAGAGGUUCUUCCAGCUGCUAGUGAAGGCAAGAAGAAAAAGAAGAAGAAAUCAAAAGGCGACGAUGAUGAGUGAGGUUUGUAAUGUAUGAUCCAUCUGAUGUUCGGGUAGUCAUGAUAUGUGUGGUUGAUUCUAUACUGUUUUGAUGUACUCAAUGCGACAAAAAGGGUCCUGCCUGUAAUCUAAUAUGCUUUACAUACACUGGCCCUCCAGUUCUUAUUGGUCAUAUGUAUCAUGAUCAAAAUUAUGUUUUUAAGAAUUUAAUUUAUUACCAGAUGCCUAUCGUAAUUGAAUUUGAUUUUGAUUUCUUAAUUCCAUGGUGUUUGGCCUCUCAUUUUGAGUAUGG